GCGCCCGCAGCGCGCUUCAGAGCAGAGCGCCAGGUUGGCACGCGGCGCUCCCCUGGAUCCGGCGGCGACUCAGGCGACUUCCCCGCGGCCUCGGGCCUCCCUUCUCGCCCAAACCUCACACCCGCCGCACGCACCAAGCUACGGUUCUUAGCCUCAGCCAUCUGCACCAGUGGCUUCUCCUCGUCCUCGGAGCUGUUGGCUUUGGAGCCCUCCCCACUUUUUUCCUGCCUUCGCCUCCUGCUCCUCCCAGCUCCGGGCCAAAGGGAUUCCAACGAGCGAAGUGAAGGGGGUGAGAAUCUUGUGCUGCGACCCCUCGGAAACACAGCUGGAAAGGCUGACUCCGUCUAGUAGCCGCGACUGGGACCCUGAGGCCCUCCCCCUUCCCCGAGGGAUGCGCCGGGCCAGAACCAGCGCUGCGCUGUCAGUCUUCGCUCAGGAAGUGGAGACAGCCAGAAAUGAACGCGGGAGGGAGCCUCCGCACACCCGCACUUCCAAAUUAACUGUUUGGUGACUUGUUAGCGCUGAGGCUACCACCUCGCCAAUCCUCCCGCUGGGCACCCGCCACCUCACUGUCCCCCACUCCUCCCCCUUCAUUACCCCCGCCCCCAGCUCCGCCCCGGCUCCUCAUCCCGGCGCAAUGGAGUUCUCCGAAGGACUCUGCUCCAGCCAGAGCGGCUAACUUCGCACCCGUCUGCGCUGCCGGUCACCCCCGACCACCCCCCCCCCCCCGCCCCCUGCAGCCGCCGAGUCGUGGGCGUCCCGAGCCCAGUGCCGCAGCCAGGACCCGCCCGGCGCGCAGCUGAAGCACGGAGCCCAGGCGCCUGGGCGCCUCUUGGAGAGCAAAGGCAACGCCAAGACGCUGAGCCGAGACCCAGCCAGGAAGCCAGAGGCCGGGAAGGGGUCUGCGUGGCUCAGAGCGCCGCGGCUUCUGCGGACAAAUAGCCCCCGCUGCCACGCACCCAAGCUGCGCGGGCUGGCGGGAGGGCGACGCGCGAGGACGCAGGGGUCUGCGGCGGUCUUCCAGGCGCCCUUUGGCCCGGGGCGCACUAUGACCUGACGUGCGGGGACCUCCUGCCCAGGGCGGCUGGGGAUAGAAGGGCUCGCCGCCAAGCUCCCACCAGGCCGCCUUUGGGUCUUUCGGGACCCCCUCCCGCCGCGGCCUCCCUCCCAGCGGCCCGGCGCCAUGGAGCUCUCCGAUGUGCGCUGCCUUAGCGGCAGCGAGGAGCUCUACACCAUCCACCCGACGCCCCCGGCCGGCGACGGCGGGAGCGGCUCCCGGCCGCAGCGGCUGCUGUGGCAAACGGCGGUGCGGCACAUCACCGAGCAGCGCUUCGUUCACGGGCACCGGGGCAGCGGCGGCGGGAGCGGGAGCUCCAGCAAAGCCUCGGACCCUGUGGGCGGCGGCCCCAACCACUACCACGCGUCGCAGCUGGCCGGCGACUCGGCGCUGCCCCUCUACGCGCUGGGCCCCGGGGAGAGAGCGCACAGUCCCGGCUGCACCAAAGUCUUCCCGGAACGCAGCGGCAGCGGCGGCGGCGGCGCGGGCGACCUGGGCUUCCUGCACCUCGACUGCGCCCCGAGCAACUCGGAUUUCUUCCUCAAGGGGGGUUAUAGCUACCGAGGGGUCAUUUUCCCCACCCUGCGCAACUCCUUCAAGUCCCGGGAUCUGGAGCGCCUGUACCAGCGCUAUUUCCUGGGCCAGAGGCGCAAAUCGGAGGUGGUGAUGAACGUGCUGGACGUGCUGACCAAACUCACCCUCUUGGUUCUGCACUUGAGCCUGGCCUCGGCCCCCAUGGACCCGCUCAAGGGCAUCCUGCUGGGCUUCUUCACGGGCAUAGAGGUGGUGAUCUGCGCCUUGGUGGUGGUCAGGAAGGACACCACGUCGCACACCUACCUGCAGUACAGCGGCGUGGUCACCUGGGUGGCCAUGACCACCCAGAUCUUAGCAGCAGGUCUGGGCUAUGGGCUCCUGGGAGACGGCAUUGGCUACGUGCUCUUCACGCUCUUCGCCACCUACAGCAUGCUGCCGCUGCCGCUCACCUGGGCCAUCCUGGCCGGCCUGGGCACGUCGUUACUGCAGGUGGUCCUCCAGGGGGUCAUCCCCAGGCUGGCGGUCAUUUCCAUCAACCAGGUUGUGGCCCAGGCAGUGUUAUUCAUGUGUAUGAACACGGCUGGAAUCUUUAUCAGUUACCUGUCAGACCGGGCCCAGCGCCAAGCCUUCCUGGAGACGCGGAGGUGUGUGGAAGCCAGGCUGCGCCUAGAGACGGAAAACCAAAGACAGGAGCGGCUUGUGCUGUCUGUGCUCCCUCGGUUUGUCGUCCUGGAGAUGAUCAACGACAUGACCAACGUGGAAGACGAACACCUGCAGCAUCAAUUCCACCGGAUCUACAUCCAUCGCUACGAGAAUGUCAGUAUUCUUUUUGCAGAUGUUAAAGGAUUUACCAACCUCUCCACGACCUUGUCUGCCCAGGAGCUGGUCAGGAUGCUCAACGAGCUCUUUGCCAGAUUUGAUCGACUGGCCCAUGAGCAUCACUGCCUUCGCAUUAAAAUCCUGGGAGACUGCUACUACUGCGUUUCGGGACUUCCUGAGCCCCGCCAGGACCACGCCCACUGCUGCGUUGAAAUGGGCCUCAGCAUGAUCAAAACCAUCAGGUAUGUGCGGUCAAGGACGAAGCAUGAUGUUGACAUGCGGAUUGGAAUCCACUCGGGCUCAGUGCUAUGUGGCGUGUUGGGUCUACGGAAGUGGCAGUUUGAUGUCUGGUCUUGGGAUGUGGAUAUUGCAAACAAACUGGAAUCUGGAGGAAUCCCUGGGAGGAUUCACAUUUCCAAAGCCACGCUGGACUGCCUCAAUGGUGACUAUAAUGUGGAAGAGGGUCAUGGUAAAGAGAGGAACGAAUUCUUGAGGAAGCAUAACAUAGAGACCUAUUUAAUUAAGCAGCCUGAGGAGAGUCUGCUGUCUUUGCCUGAAGACAUCGUCAAGGAAUCUGUGAGCUCCUCAGACAGGAGAAACAGUGGGGCGACAUUCACAGAAGGAUCCUGGAGCCCCGAACUGCCCUUUGAUAACAUAGUGGGGAAACAGAACACUCUGGCUGCCCUAACAAGAAAUUCAAUAAAUCUACUUCCAAACCAUCUCGCACAAGCUUUGCAUGUCCAGUCGGGGCCUGAGGAAAUUAACAAGAGAAUAGAACAUACCAUCGACUUGCGGAGUGGCGAUAAAUUGAGAAGAGAGCAUAUCAAGCCAUUCUCACUGAUGUUUAAAGACUCCAGCCUGGAGCACAAGUAUUCUCAAAUGAGGGACGAAGUAUUCAAAUCAAACUUGGUCUGUGCGUUUAUCGUUCUUCUAUUUAUCACGGCAAUACAAAGUUUGCUUCCUUCCUCAAGGGUGAUGCCAAUGGCCAUCCAGUUUUCCAUCCUGAUUAUGCUGCACUCGGCUCUGGUCCUCAUCACCACAGCGGAGGAUUAUAAGUGUUUGCCCCUGGUCCUCCGGAAAACUUGCUGUUGGAUUAACGAGACCUAUUUGGCCAGGAAUGUCAUCAUCUUUGCGUCCAUCUUGAUUAAUUUCCUGGGCGCCAUCCUAAAUAUCCUGUGGUGUGAUUUUGACAAGUCGAUACCCUUGAAGAACCUGACUUUCAAUUCCUCAGCUGUGUUUACAGAUAUCUGCUCCUACCCAGAGUACUUCGUCUUCACGGGGGUGUUGGCCAUGGUGACCUGUGCGGUUUUCCUCCGACUUAACUCUGUCCUGAAGCUGGCUGUGCUGCUGAUUAUGAUUGCCAUCUAUGCCCUGCUGACCGAGACCAUCUAUGCAGGACUCUUUCUGCGCUAUGACAACCUGAAUCACAGUGGAGAAGAUUUCCUGGGGACCAAGGAGGCGUCACUGCUGCUGAUGGCCAUGUUCCUCCUCGCUGUCUUCUACCACGGACAGCAGCUGGAGUACACAGCACGCCUGGACUUCCUCUGGCGAGUUCAGGCCAAAGAGGAGAUCAACGAGAUGAAGGAGCUGCGGGAACACAAUGAGAACAUGCUCCGGAACAUUCUGCCCAGUCACGUGGCCCGCCACUUCCUGGAGAAGGACCGGGACAACGAGGAGCUGUAUUCUCAAUCCUAUGAUGCCGUUGGGGUGAUGUUUGCCUCCAUCCCAGGGUUUGCAGACUUCUACUCUCAGACUGAAAUGAACAACCAAGGAGUGGAAUGCCUACGCCUGCUGAAUGAGAUCAUUGCCGACUUCGAUGAGCUGCUUGGUGAAGACCGGUUUCAAGACAUUGAAAAGAUUAAGACCAUCGGCAGCACCUACAUGGCCGUGUCAGGCCUGUCACCUGACAAACAGCAAUGUGAAGAUAAGUGGGAACAUCUGUGCGCCCUGGCCGACUUCUCUCUCGCCCUGACCGAAAGCAUACAGGAGAUCAACAAGCAUUCUUUCAACAAUUUUGAGCUCCGGAUUGGCAUCAGCCAUGGCUCAGUGGUAGCUGGCGUUAUCGGCGCUAAGAAACCACAGUAUGACAUUUGGGGCAAAACCGUGAACCUGGCAAGUCGAAUGGACAGCACAGGAGUCAGCGGCAGAAUCCAGGUCCCCGAGGAGACCUAUCUCAUCCUGAAGGACCAGGGCUUUGCCUUUGACUACCGAGGGGAGAUCUAUGUGAAGGGCAUCAGUGAACAGGAAGGAAAAAUCAAAACGUACUUUCUCCUGGGAAGAGUCCAACCCAACCCAUUCAUCCUGCCGCCGAGAAGACUGCCCGGGCAGUACUCCUUGGCCGCCGUCGUCCUGGGCCUCGUCCAGUCCCUCAACAGGCAAAGGCAGAAGCAGCUGCUGAACGAGAACAACACGGGCAUCAUCAAGGGCCAUUACAACCGGCGGACUUUGCUGACACCCAGCGGGCCUGAGCCGGGAGCCCAAGCCGAAGGCACCGACAAGUCCGAGUUGCCAUAAAAGCGUUUUCCUUGUGUUUCUUUUUUUGUAUUUCUUUUAUAUAUAAAAUAAAUAUACUAAUAAAAAGGUUUAAUUUUUUUUAGAACAA